UCUACAGUUCCAAUGAUACUAUGAGCCAAAUCCUUGAAAAAUUAAAAGUAGUUGUUACUUAUAUGUGGUCUUCAGAUUAUUGGAGACUAGGUCGUGCAUUUUGCUCCUUACCUCGAGAAAGCAGCAUGUGGGAUGUCAGGGUUUCCAUUCUAGAACAAGGUUUACUAUUCUUUGUAUGUUCCUCUUGCUGGCUGCCAUGGAGGUUUGCAGAAUUGGCAGUUAUGGAUCUGUUUAAUAGCCAUGCAUUCCCACAGAGUCUGAUCCCCUUCCUCUGUGACAGAAAUGUUUCCUACUGAUCUCCUGUCCUACUUCCCUCCCCACACCUUGGUGUCUCCUUAGAGGUUGUACAAGAAGUUUGUAUAGCUGGGAAGGGUCCAGCCAGCUCCCAGCCCCUCAGAGCCACUGGUUCCUUCUAAAGCAUCCCGUGUUACGCUGGAUGGUGAGGAUGAUGAAGAGGAACCCCUUAAAACAGCAGCCUCCCUUGCUUUGUUGUCCCUGUAACAUGGCAGUGGAAGGCUCUUGGAGGAGCAGAGCUGUAAUGAGCCAUUUCCACUGGGUUUGCAUCCCGCUUGCCACCAACAUGUCCUUUCUGGAUCCUUCCAGGACCUCACUGGAUCCCUUCCUUUCUUACUCCCCCUUUCCAUUUUUAGUUAUGGAGACAAAAGGAUACCACAGCUACCCAGAAGGCUUAGAUAUGGAGAGACGGUGGGGUCAAGUUUCUCAGUCUGUGGAGUAUUCUUCCAUAGGUGCUGGAGAGCAGACUGAUGACAGUAACUACAUGGAGAUUGUAAACGUGAGCUGCGCCGCCGGCACUUUCGCAAACAGCAGCGCUCAAGGAAACAGCAAAGAAAAACCUGAGCUACUUUCCUGCCUGCAGCAAGACAACAGCCAGCCUGGUCUUCUGCCCUCUGACAUCAAAACCGAAACGGAGUCCAAGGAGCUGUCGGCAACGGUGGCCGAAUCCAUGGGUUUGUACAUGGAUUCGAUACGAGACGCCGAUUACCACUACGAUCAGCAGAACCAGGGGAGCCCAGGGAAGAUCUACCAGAACGUGGAGCAGCUGGUAAAGCUCUACAAGGAGAACGGCCAUUGCUCCUCUCCCCUCCACAGCGCCAGCAGGCCCUUGAGGUCCUUGAUGUCGGACUCCGGGAGCGCUGUGAACGGCGGUGCCAUGCACGCGAUUGUCAAAAGCCCUAUCAUGUGUCAAGAGAAAAGCCCCUCCGGCUGCAGCCCUCAGAACAUGGCCUCCUCGGUGUGUAGUCCUGCGGGAGUGAACUCUGUGUCCUCCACUACAGCUAGCUUUGGGAACUUUGCCAUGCACAGCCCCAUGGGGCAGGGCACCCCUCUGUCGCGCUCGCCCAACGUUGAGAGCCGGGGCUCCAUGCUGCACAGCCCCGCGCACGUCAGCAACGUCGGCUCUCCGCUUUCCAGCCCUAUCAGUAGCAUGAAGUCGCCGAUUUCCAGUCCUCCCAGCCACUGCAGCGUGAAAUCUCCCGUCUCGAGUCCCAACAAUAUCACUAUGCGGUCUUCUGUGUCCAGUCCUGCAAACCUGAACUCCAGGAGCUCCAUUGCCAGCCCUUCCAAUGCCAACAACAGGUCCACGCGCUCUAGUCCGGCGGUUAGCACUGUGGGAUCAUCCAUCUGUAGCCCCGUAAACAACUCCAUAGGGUUCCCGCCUUCCGGCACGCCAGUGGGGCCCAGCAGAAGCCAAGAUACCGUUCCUAGUCCAGAAACAAAAGACAAGGGUGCUCAAGAACUCCCGUUUCCUAAGAUGGAGGAAAUGGAGAAUGCCAUCUCCAACAGCAGCCAGAUGAACCUUGUUCAGUUCAUAAAGCCCGAGCCAGACGGGUCCUUCGGCAGCGCCUGCAUCGGCGACAGCAGCAGCAAAAUCAACUCCGAUUCCCCCUUUUCAGUACCAGUGAAGCAAGAGUCGGCCAAACAUCCUUGUUCUGGUGCCUCCUUCAAAGGGAAUCAAACAGUGAAUCCUUUCCCAUUUACAGAUGGCUCAUAUUUUUCUUUUAUGGAUGACAAAGACUAUUACUCUCUUUCUGGGAUUUUAGGACCACCUGUUUCUUCAUUUGAUGGAAAUUGCGAAGGUAGCGGUUUUCCAAAUCCAGGCCUACGCGUGGGGAUUAAGCAGGAGCCUGAUGAUGGCAGCUAUUACCAAGAAAACAGUAUACCAUCCUCUGCCAUUGUGGGUGUAAAUUCAGGUGGACAGUCAUUUCACUACAGGAUCGGUGCCCAGGGCACGAUAUCCUUGUCGCGGCCGGUUGCUCGAGAGCAGACAUUUCAGCACUUGAGCUCCUUCCCUGCUGUCAGCACGCUCGUGGAGACCUGGAAGUCGCAUUCAGAGUUGGCAUCCAGAAGAGGUGAUGGGUAUCCAGUUCUAGAGUACAUUCCAGAAAACGUGUCCAGCUCAUCAUUGAGAAGUGUAUCAACUGGAUCUUCAAGACCUUCCAAAGUGUGUUUGGUGUGUGGAGAUGAGGCAUCUGGAUGUCAUUAUGGGGUGGUUACAUGUGGCAGCUGUAAAGUUUUCUUCAAGAGAGCAGUAGAAGGCCAGCACAAUUACCUGUGUGCGGGAAGGAACGACUGUAUAAUUGAUAAAAUUCGGAGGAAGAACUGCCCAGCCUGUCGAUUACAGAAAUGUCUGCAAGCUGGAAUGAAUUUAGGAGCCCGGAAGUCCAAAAAGUUGGGGAAAUUGAAAGGGAUGCACGAGGAGCAGCCCCAGCAGCGGCAGCAGCCGCCCCCGCAGAGCCCCGAGGAAGGCACGACGUACAUCGCGCCCGUGAGCGAGCCCUCUGUCAACACUGCACUUGUCCCCCACAUGUCUGCUAUCUCACCAGCACUUACUCCCUCUCCUGUGAAGAUCCUUGAAAGCAUCGAGCCGGAGAUCGUGUACGCGGGAUACGACAGCUCCAAGCCGGACACGGCGGAGUACCUGCUCUCCACCCUAAACCGCCUGGCCGGCAAGCAGAUGAUCCAGGUGGUGAAGUGGGCAAAGAUACUUCCAGGAUUUAGAAACUUGCCUCUCGAGGACCAAAUUACUUUAAUUCAGUAUUCAUGGAUGUGUCUGUCAUCGUUUGCCUUGAGUUGGAGGUCGUACAAACAUACAAACAGCCAGUUCCUCUAUUUUGCUCCAGACCUGAUCUUCGAUGAGGAGCGGAUGCGCCAGUCGGCGAUGUUCGAGCUGUGCCAGGGCAUGCACCAGAUCAGCCUGCAGUUCGUCCGCCUGCAGCUCAGCUUCGAGGAGUACACCAUCAUGAAGGUGCUGCUGCUCUUGAGCACAGUUCCCAAGGAUGGUCUCAAAAGCCAAGCUGCAUUUGAAGAAAUGAGGGCAAAUUACAUUAAAGAACUAAAGAAGAUGGUAACUAAAUGUCCAAGUAACUCUGGGCAAAGCUGGCAGAGAUUCUACCAACUGACUAAACUUCUUGACUCCAUGCAUGAUCUUGUUAGUGACUUAUUGGAAUUCUGCUUCUACACCUUCCGAGAGUCUCAGGCACUGAAAGUAGAGUUUCCAGCCAUGCUGGUGGAAAUCAUCAGUGACCAGCUACCAAAGGUGGAAUCUGGGAAUGCCAAGCCCCUGUACUUUCACAGGAAGUGAUAGAAAAUGUCUUAAAUGGAAGAACUUUGCCUUAAGUUUCCCUGUGUUAUUCCACACCCAUGAAGGACCCAAGAAACCAUAUUUUAAACAUGCUCUUUACACUUCAGCAGUCUCUGAAUAGUCUAAAAUCAUACAAAGGGUUUGGGGGAAUGGAAAGGAAUUGACUCGGAUUUGGCAAGACCUAGAUGUUUGGAAAUUACCCCAUAACCCUAAAACACCUAGAAAAUGUUCCUGUUCCUCUGGAUGAAAAGCCAUAUCUAGUCAAUAACUCUUUGAUUUUGAUAUUUUAACAGAUGGAGUUUUAAAUAUGCCAUGUAGUUUCUGGUAUUGUUUGCUUGUUUUAAAAGGGUUCGAGAACUAAUGAGAACUUUUUAAAGCUUACCCUUGGUUUGCACAUAAAACGUAAAGUCAAUAUGGGGCAUUAAUAUUCUUUUCUUUUAAAAAAAAAAAAAAAAAAGAAAAAAAAACAAACAAAAACUAUAUAUAUAUAUACACACAUAUAUACACACACACAAACCCUAACGUGUAAAGUAAUAACAGAACAUUUGGUGUGGAAUACUGUUAUCCCCACCUGUGGCAUUUGUUAUCCCAUGUUAUCCCAUCAUAGAUGAUAUACACUGUGUUAAGUGUCCAUUUACUAUUUAAUUCAAAAGGAUAAGAUGUGAAAAACAAAUGCCCUGGUAUCAAUUUAUAGUAUCUAUUGUGCUGGCUUUACAAAUAAUUUUUUGCAGUCUUUUGCUGUACUGUACAUUGCUGUAUGUAUAAAUUGUGAAGGACCUGAAAUAAGGUGUAAGGAACUUUUGUAAAUGAGACAAAAAAUCUUUAAUGGUUAAUAGGAUGAACGGGAAAGUAUUUUUGAAAGAACUCUAUUUUGCUGGAGACUAUUUAAGUACUAUCUUUGUCUAAACAAACAAGGUAAUUUUUUUGUAAAGUGAAAUGUUCUGCAUGCAUAAUGAACCGUUUACAGUGUAUUUAAGAAAGGGAAAGCUGUGCCUUUUUUAGCAUCAUAUCUAAUUUACCAUCCUACAGUAUCUGUUGUAAAUAACCACGCUUAACCUUUUCAGUUGUGUUUUAAGCCUUCUAUUUCUCUCUCUGUUUUCCUCCCCUUUUGUCUCUCCUGCAAGCGUAUGUGACUUGAGCACAUCUUAGAACUCCUGCUUCAUGUAUCUGUAGGAAACUACACAUUUUUGUGUUUGCCACUUUACCAAGGUUUCAUUUAACAAGACAAAUUAUGGUAUCUCUCCAAAGCUUUUGCCAGCUUAAUGACCUAGUGAGUUCUUGCCCUCUAUUCCCUUUCUCUCUCAGGGGAAUGGGGGUGAGCAACACGUUGAAUGAUUUUCCUUUUUUUACUAAGGUUUCCCAGAUUGUUUGGUUUUGUUUUUUUUUUUCCUUUGAAUACUGGAUCUCUGAAACAUCUUCAAAGGUCAGAUUAUUAUUUCAGAUGGGGGAGAGCGAUUUCUGGUUAUGCAGAAGGGAACAUGCAGAUCAUUACAGUAAGUAUAUCAAAGAGAUUUGUACUGGUGAGAGGGAUGGUGAGGGAUGAUAAGGGCAGAUAAGCUGAGUGGAAUUUUUAGUGAUAAACUAAAAGCAUCUGUAAUUUUGUAAGCAUUUUUGUAAUAAUCAGGAUACAUCCAAGAGGACAAAUGUUCACACUACAAGUUCAACUCAGUUGGUCUGAUUUUGUCUCAAAAAUGUUUUCUCUAGAAUAAGACUGCAAAGAAAAGAAUUUUUGAGGUGAUUUUCACUAUUUCACAAUUUAUAAGCAACUACAAGAUUUUGGAGUAGAAUAGAGGACAGGUGAACUUUUCUGAGGCUCAACUGUUGCUACCAUAUGCUCAUGUUUAAAUAGAAUAGUUUUUCAGAGUCCUAAUCUGUAGUGUUCUCUCUGGGUGCCACUGGUAUUUUUGAGCUCUAGUGUGUCCCUUGGCCGGUCGGAAUGUAGCAUUUCUUGUCAAUGGUGGUCGAAUUAAGAAUUCUACACCCUUUCUGAACCCAAAUUUGGAGGUGCACUGUGGUGCACUGAAGACAGUCAGCGCUACUUGUCUUUUUAAAUGACACCUGCCUUAUGCAAUGGGUAAUCUGUAAAGACUGUAUUCAGAGAGGUUUUUUAUAUAUAAAUAUAUAGAUACAUAUAUUAUUUGCAUUUUGGAAGUCUAAUUCAUAGGCAGAUCUUUCAAUACUGACCUGCACAGCAAUAUGAAAGCCAAACUUCCAACGUGAGAUAUACAGCAUGCAGACUGGUUGUUUACAGUAAAGACACAGUCAUACAUCCAUCUUUAAUUUACUUUUUUUUUUUUAAAGUCUAAAAUAGAAGAUUUCAAAGCCAGGUUCUGGGUGAAUACAGUCUGCAGCAGCUUUUUAUAUUAACAAAGUUACUGCCUCCUUUUCUGUCUCAGAGUAACUUUGCUUGACUAAAAUAGCAAAGCCAUAUUCUACACUUCACUGUUAAAUGCCUGUCCCAGUCCAAAUUGUUGUCUGUUUGCUCCUAUUUUUGUACCUUAUUACUUUUAAUCUUGGUUUGGUACAAUUCAUAAUUCACAGAAACUUCAUAUAAUUAAACACACUAAAUUAGUUUUAAAAAGCAAUUUAUAUCUUUAUGCAAAAACGUAUGUCUGUCUUUGCAAACAACUGUAAGCAGAUUAUAAUAAAUCCUUUACUUUAAUCACCUGUUGUUUAUGAAACCAUUCAUUGAUUAUUAUUUUUUGCUAGAGAUCAUUGAAGUAAUAGCUACAAUUGGAUAUAGAUGUUGUAAGAGGCAGUAUUCUCUUAUCAAGAACACUUAAGCAGAAUAGCCAUCACUUUUUUUAUCUAAACCUGUGUACAGAAAAAAGAAAAAGAAACCACAAAACCCAGCCCUAGUUUUUAGCUACCGGGAAGUUCGUUACAUUCUUUUGAAUUUGUUUAGAAUGAAAUAGGCAUUUGUCUCCUGCAAAAUACAAGACAAACUAUAACAGCUUUUAGAAAGUGGGCUUUUGUUCAUUGAGCUAAAUUAUUUUGUUGUAAGAAGGAACAGGGAUAUGCAGCAAGAGCAUUGUAUACACAGUUAAAAUGUAAAAUAGUGUAAUGUACUGCAGUGGGUAUUUCAGGAAUACUACACAUCGUGCGACUGAGCAGUUGCACGGAGUAAAAUAGAAAAGACUAAAGUUUGCAAUAUCAAAAUCUUAUUAAAAAGAUACUUUACAAUCAAUCAUGCAAAAAGCUAAUUCACAGGGUGGUGUUUUUCACUGACUUGUUUAAACAUUUAUGAAAUUAAAAAAAUCUACAGUUAAUGCACUUUUAAUUGUUUAUUAAAGAUUUGACUUUUUUUAGAGCAAUGUUUUCAGCUGGAGGUCAAUGACUUGAUAAGAGAGAGACAGCAGUUCUGAGGCCAGGAAGCUCAGAGGAAUGUUUAAGAAUUUUUGGAGUUUAAAUAGAUUCCUGGAUGAAAAAUAAAAGCAGCCAGCAGUAUGGUGUAAACAGUAAAAUCUAUGCAUAAUGAUGCAUUUAUAAUUAGGGGUUUGCUUCUGUAUGUUUAAAGCUUUUUAAAUAAAUAGAAAAUAUUGUUUGGUCUUUA